AGCAGAGAGCAGAGAGCAGAGACCAGACCGGGCGGUAAGGCAGGUGCUCCAUCGCACUCUGGCGAAGUGGGGCAGGACACACUUUCCUCUCUCUUCCAGGAGCUUGCUUCUUUUCGCAGCAUGGUCGGUUAGUCAGUGACAACGCUUCAUGUGAAUUGGUUGCUCUUGUGUAGUUCUCAGCACUCGGUCAGUUGGUGGUGAAUAAAGUGUCGUUCAUGCGUUCAUUGAUCUAGUGGUGCAGCACAUGCUAACUCCGCCAAAACUCUCGUCACACGUGUGUUGUUCGUUUUGUGCGACGUCGGCUUCGACCGGCUGCAGAUUGACAUGCUGCCUUCUGCACUCUUCUUUCGAUAUUACCUAUUCGGUUUAUUGCAAAUUUUAUUCCUGAGGUCAUCAGUAUUUGCCAAGGAUUACGGCCAUAUAGAGACAUGGCACCCGUUGCGAGAGAGGCCGAUGAUCUCGAGGGUGGUUUUGCCGAUGCGACCAGCCAUCCCCUUCAACCGGCCGACCACCCGCGCAGGCGCACAAGGACACGCCACUAACAAGAGGCUGCAAGUUGAGCCUUCUCCGUCUAAUAAAAUAGAGCAGGUAUUUGCUCCGGCACCACCAAGCAUCUUGGGCUCAUUCAGCGACUUCGGCCAUGCCACGGUCAAAGCGAGGGAGCCUGCAAGAAUGAAGAAGAAGCCGGUGCACGCUGAGCAGCAGGCGGCCGAGGCCAGUCCGGCGAUCGGACUGCUGUUGCCUCCACCGCCCGUCCACGAGAACGAGGCCAACUACGGCUUCCAGCAGCAGGACGAGACCCCAGCAGCCGCCUACUACUUCGAGGCAUCUCUGCGGCCGCCUCCAAGAGACUCAGCCAUCAACAUCAUCCCGCCUCCACACUCCAGCAACCUGCCUCCAAACACCUACUACUUCGACAAUCCCCACAGCUACCACUCUCGCUUCCCUGUCACUCACUCUCACAAACAACAGGGUGACUUCUUCUUUGGACAGUCCACAUCAGCAUUCAGAACCACUCUUCCAACUGUUCCACCUUACGAGUCUCCCUUCAGACUCUACCAGUCUGAUGCUUACAGUCAUGCGUCAACCAGACUACAACCACCCUCCACAAGGCAGGUUACCAACUACUACAGUCAAAAUCCAUUUGGAGAUAUCAACCUCAGCUCCAGGCGUCCAGAGUUCAAAUUGGAAGGAAAACAGCCAGCAAAAGACAUACCAGUUUUCCAACAUCUUCCAUCAGCUGCCAUUCAACAUUUACCUUAUAUUGCAAGACCUGUAAACAAAGAGAAUCAGAAUGAGGGCAAAGUAGUUUUCCAUCAAUACUCCCAUGUACAGAGGCCUGUAUUCGAAGAUAAUCAAAGCCAACCAGUUGCCAAAGAUGUCUUUCAACAACUCUCUCAUCUAGGUCGGCCAUUCAAGAACCCCCAAAACACACAAUCCGAAUAUAGUCACUCCAGUAGCAGUAGUAAUAAUAAUAACAAUAUUAAACAUAAUAAGAACAAUAACAAUAUCAAUCAACAGCAAAAUAAUAAUCCCUACCUGACAACAGUCUCUUCCAGCAUACAAUUUGAAGAUGAUAAAAGAUUAAAAGUACCGAGUCAAUCUUUCCAUGCUCCACCCCCAGCUGCAAAUCAACAGAGUGAUGUUGAUAGUUAUAGUUACAAUGAAAAUCCCCAUAAACUUAUUCCACUCAGUGUUACAACAGUAGACAUUCCUUCAGACACUGUGAAGACUGGAACAGUAUUAUCAAGUGUUCAGCCAUAUUUGGAGUAUCAAGAACAAAAACAAAAACCACUUACUUACAAUGACGCACCAGUUAGAAAUCGACGGCCACAAGUCGAUAUUAAAACGUACCAGACUCUGAGAGACGAUACUAGACCGUUCCUACCAACACCAGCAACAGAUGUGGAGCCUUUCAUAAGGGAGCCUGUCAGAGGAACACCCUCAUCCGAUCAUGAGGAUCAGUUGAACGAAGUACAUGUACCAAACAGAGGAAUUUACUCAGCAGUCAGAAAGCCCACAGAUGAGACACCACUCGACGAUUUGACAACAACGUUCUACAAGGUGAGCUCUAGGAAGCCAGUGAACCCUCUCAAACACAGGAGAAGACGUCCGACUGAAGUACCCAGUACAGCUACUACAGUUUUACAAGAAAUAGAACAUGAAGAAAGUUUGAAUUCAAUACCGAAUGGUAUCUAUUCCAAUUUGGGUAACACUUUAUCCAGCGUUGAACCUCAAACAGAAAGUGAACAGGAGAACUACCCUGUUACUACACCUCAGCCACCAAAGAGACGAAAGAAGCCAAACCGACAUAGGAAUCGAGUGCAUUCCAACUAUUUCAAGACCACACUUCCACCUGAGCCCGAAACCACGCAGCACGUGCUAUAUGAUUACUCGACGGCGGUCAUCACAGAUGCUCCAGAAAUCACCAAUCCUCACACACAUAACUCAGCUGACAUCUACAGCAAUACACAACCUAUAGAUGAUUAUACAAGGUACAAAGAUUAUUCAACCCAAGAUAGUAUAGCUGGAACUCAGAAUAUCUACCCCACGCAGCCAGUAAGCAGUGAGACAGCAAAUAGUAUAGAGGAGGAUGAAGCAACUGAGAAUUUCAUCACAACUACUUUGGCAACCACAACUACUUCUACAACCACCACUCAGGCUCCCCUACCUUCCUCCACAGCAUCGUAUAGGACUAGAGUGAGGAACAAGUAUGGGAAUAACACAAGACCCCGGUUCAGUGUGAAAGAGUACAAGGAAAGGAUCAACAGAGGCUCAAGCAGCACAACCAUUGCUCCCAGCGCACCUGAGGAGACUGAAACAGAAAUACCAAAGGUGAGGGUGAAGUACCCCACCAGAAACAGGGGUCAGUACAAGGCGUCAUCCAGUACUGCUGCUGUGAAUGACGAUGAUUUCAUUCAUGAAACUACUACGGAAAUCAUACGAAAGUACAAACCUCGAGUAAGGUACAACUACAAGACGUCUACCACAACACCGAAGCCAUCAUUGCAGCUAGACAGCCCUAGUACGACGACGGAAAGAGUAAACACCUUCAAACCAAGUGGUGGCAGAUACAAGGCGGGCACUGGCAAAUACUACAGCAGGUACAGAACGUCGACAACAAAAGCACCAGACGAGGAGAGUGACGAUUCGUCGCCGGCAGCGUCCAAGCCGAUCCGGACGAAGGGCGUGUUCUCGGCCAAGCGACGUCCGUUCCCGCUGCGGUCGACGGUCGAUCCGGACGCGGACGCCGAUGCGCCGACGCAGGAGAGUCGUCGCGAGAACGAGAUCGACCAGGUGCUGACAACGGUGAUGACGAAGAAGGUGGAUGAUGCCACCACCACCACGAUUAUCUCGGGCACUGUGCAGGGAACAUCUGCGGGACCAACUGGAGAGGAGGCCUACACUGUGCAGAGGGUGUCCGAUCUCACCUCCUCACCCAGUAACAUGUAUCAACCCAAUGGAUUCCGCAAAGGCCUGUCUCCAGCCAGCAGGAGGACGGUGCCGCAAAUCACAAUUGCCACCGAUGACCCCAUUCUGCCCCUCGAAGCAUUCUUCCAGACCUGGUCCAACAACAAAGAGAAGCGCAACUCUAGGUAGUCGAGUCCCUCAUCUAAUCAAACAGUACAUAUCUGAAAGAUUUCAUACGUUUCUUAUCUAUGGAAUGAUAGUACAUGGUAGUAGACUAAAAAGCCAAAGUGAUUUUUAAAUUAUUUAUUUCGACGAUGAUCGUCAUUAUUGAACGAACUCCAUUUAUUAAAAUAAUAUUGGGGUUUGUUGAGGAGUUGAUAGCAAUUGAAUUUCAUCUUGAAUCAAACAAGAGAGAGAUGUGGUUUAGCAGUGUGGAUAGACACUGAUCUGAUUAAAUCAAAGAAAACACAACCAUUUUCAUGAAGCUUGCAGCAAUUUCCUUUAAAAACGAGUCAAACUAAUUGCUUUUUCCAACUCCUCAUGUCAUAGCAAUUCCAGCAAUUAAUUGAAAAAAUGCAAAAUAAUAUUAUAUUCAAUUGUUAGCCUAAGAAUACUUGACAAAUAAUGAUUUACAAACAAAUAAUGAUCCUAUUACUAUCACAAUCGCAUACAAAUUUGUCUCACUCUUCAUGUUUAAUAAUCAGAAUAUUUUGAUUUGUUUCAAAUUUGAAUAUUUUGACUAUUAUUUUCCAAAAAGUGCUUUUUUGCAAUACCUUUGGAAUUAAUUUAAGUCCGCUUGGAUGGAAUCAUCGAUUAUUCGAGACUAGGAAUAAUUCUAAUCAUAACGGUAGAGACCAUAAACUUUAAUUAGUAUAAUAUUUAUUUAUUGUAGAACAUUCAUGAAAACAAAAAGAUACUGAUCAUAUUUAUGUCUGUGGCGUGGUAUGACAAAAAAUAAUUUCAGAAUAUUAUUUUUGUACAAAUUAUCAUGCAGUUCUCAACUAUUUGUAAUCUGCAAAUCAUGUUGAAAGAUAAUGUAAAUAUAGUAAAUGUAUAAUUAUUUGAGUAGAUAUCAAUUGAUUGUAUAUAUCAUACCUGUGUACAAAUAUUUUGUAUUUAUUUGGAAAAUAUAUUUUUAUAGUGUC